AUGGCGACCAACGGCAACAACGGUGCGCAGUUCACAAGCACCAAUGCCCCCUCCACAGUCUCUGCCACUUCUGGUGCCGCCGAGCCCAGCAGCGACAGCAACCUCGGCAAGGAUGAGGUUGCCUGGUUCUUCGUCGAGCAAUACUACACCACCUUGAGCAAGACACCUGAGAAGCUUCACCUCUUCUACGGCAAGCGAUCGCAAUUCGUCGUUGGUCGCGAAGCCGAGGUCGCCAACGUCUCUGUCGGCAGACAGUCCAUCCAAGAGCGCCUCAAGCAGCUCGACCUUCAGGACUGCAAGGUCCGCGUCUCCAAUGUCGACUCCCAAGCCUCCUACGACAACAUUGUCAUCCAGGUCAUCGGCGAGACAUCCAACAAGGCCGGCACCCCCAAGAAGUUCGUGCAGACGUUCGUCCUCGCUCAACAGCCCUCGGGAUACUUCGUCCUCAACGAUCUCCUUCGCUACAUUGACGAUGAGGGUGAUGAGGAGCCUGCUGAGGCCGCUGAGGAGGAGACUGCGACUGCCACCGACGCCCCCGCCGCCGUUCCUGUGGCCGAGGCCGAGGCUGAGCAGUCAAGCGCCGCUCCGGCUUCCGCUGAGGAGGCAGCUGCACCGUCGCUCGAUCCUGGCGUGAUCGACAAGAAACUCGAGGAAGUUUCCGCGGCCCCCGAACCUGUCAACGGCGACUCGGCCAAGACAGACAGUGCUGCAGAAGCCGUUCCUGCCGAGGCGAGCUCGCUGCCCAACCCCGAGGCCACCCUCGAGGAGCUUGUUGCUGAGGAGGUCCGAGAGCCUGAGAAGCCUACCGACCCCAGCCCUACGCCCGUUCAGAACCGUCAGCCCGCGCCUCCUGCUGCCCCGGCGCCUGCUCAGCCUGCGAAGCCCAUGACUUGGGCCAGCCGUGCCGCCGCCGCCGCCGUUCCUAAGCCGGUCACACCUCUGCCCAAGACAGCCACUCCUCCGACUCAGGCUCGCUCCGCUGCUCCCAGUACCGCUCAGCCUGCUGCCUCGGCGCCCACUUCUGCCGCGCCAGCCACUACCACUGGAGAUGAGUCUUCCAGCGCCGCCCCGGCGAAGGAGUCCUCUGAGUGGCAGACUGCUGGUAGCGACUCCAAGCGCCAGAACAAGCCUCAGGCCGCCACCGGCGCCCAGACUGAGAAGGAGGGCACGAUGGGCUACGUCAAGUAUGUCACAGACAAGGUUAAGCACGACGAGCUCAAGCAGGCUCUCGCUCAGCACGGCGAGGUUGUGUACUUUGACAUCAACCGCCAGAAGAACUGCGCUUUCGUCGAGUUCGCUACCGUCGCCGGCUACCAGGCUGCUGUUGCCGCCAACCCUCACAUCAUCAAUGGCGAGAGCAUCCAGGUCGAGCCUCGUCGCCCCAAGGCCGGCGCCUACGGUGGCAGCAACUACAGUGCCGGACGUGGAGGCGCACCGAGCCGUGGCGGUCGUGGUAGCUUCGAGGGUGGCCGCUCUGGCAGCUCUGGAGGCCGCGGCAACUUUGGCGGCCAAAACCGCGGUCGUGGUGGUGCUGGUGCCGGUGCCGCCCGCGGCGGUGCUUGGGGUACUGCUUAA